AUGCCUGUCCUCGAACUAAAGUCCAAGAAGGAGUACCUCGACCUUGUCAACAAGAACUCCUACGUUGCCCUCCAGGCCACAGCCACCUGGUGCGGUCCCUGCAAGGCCAUCUCGCCCAUCUUCGCCAAGCAGGCCGACGAGCUUGCCUCUGCCGAUACCUACGCGUUCGCCAAGUUCGACACUGAGGAGGUUCCUGAUCUUGCCCAAGAGCUUGGAAUCCGCUCCAUACCCGCCUUCUUCUUCUUCAAGGACGGCGACUUGGACGAGUCCAUCACUGGCGCCAACGUUCCCGCCCUGAAGAAGGCUGUCGAGGGAUACGCCGCCAAGGCCAAGGAGACAAAGCUCUCAACCGACGAAGACUUUUAA